AAUCCGAUAUGAUUUAGAGGAAUUUAUUGCUAAUAAAGUUGACAGCCCCUUCACUGUCGGUCAACGAUCCUCUCAAAGGAUCAGGAUGGAGGAAUGUUCAAACUCAUCUUCGAGGCAACGAGAAACGUCAAAUAUGCUUCCCGAGAGUGACACUGCCCGACACGCAACGCGGAAGCAGGAGGCGGUGUCGUAUCUAAAACGGAAAGGGAUUCACGACAUCGUCGAUUUCCUGCUCGGCGAGCUCCUGGUGCGCCGACCCCACGAUCCCUACGAGUACCUGGUCCAGCUCCUAGACAGACGUAUCUUGGCUCGCGACGGCCUCGUCGAUUCCCCUCCUCCUUUUUCCUCCCAGAAUAUAAUAAGACAAGCAAGGCAAGCUGAUCCACUUAAAUUGUUAAAAAUGAUCAGUGAAGAAAUAAGGAAAUUUUGAAUGGAAAAACGACGGUUCAUAAAAAUUCUCGUCUUCAAGAGCAUACCAUAAAUAAAACAUUGAAGAAUCGUGAAAAUCUUUUGGAUAGAAGUACUCGAUUUUCAUCGAAAGAUCACUUGAACGCUUUUGUUUUUACAUCUUUAUUUACUUAAUUAAAUAGUUAGAAGAAAAA